GCCUAUGUUAAGCAAUAUUUAUUUUGACUAGACUACCGACAUUUUGGUAGUUCAAUAACCUCAUCACUGCGGCCAAAACCGUGGCCUAGAAUAGAACCGUGUACCUUCUAUACGUCUUUUUAAAUAGUGCUCAGCUGACUUACUGGCCAAUCAAUUGUUUAACCUUAAUAACGUUGCGUUAUUCUCAUAAUUUUGCAUAACUUGUAAUAAUUCGCAAGGCAUCCGUUUGUAUAGCCCACUUAACCUUUCGUAGAAUGGGUCGAUAGUUGCUUGCAGGCUUUGGACUCCAUGUUCAUUGCAUGUUGCCGUGAACACAAACCAUGCAAAGUAUUUCAUAUCAGAUUACUUGUUGAAUCGACCUGGACAGUCUCGCAAGUUCGACUCCUUAACGCACAAACCCAAGGUGCGUCUCCUCUUAUCAAGGACAACAUUCGUGUGUCUGACUUUGUUGUGCCAGUUGUGGAGAAGUUUGCAGACCGAUGGGAGGUAACACGAUGGACGACGAGGAUCGGGAUCCAAACAAUCUAAAUCAACAUCUGCAGGUGCAGUGGGACGAUGUGGUUGGAGAACCGGAAGGAAUUCGUAGUUUGCGUUGCGGUUGGCGACUCAGUUCCUGGUGCUUUCGAAGUUCGAGAAACGUUUGCUAUAUAUUUCUCUCCAUCCUGCUAGCUCCUCUAACAGCCCUGUGUCUUGGAUGUACCUUCGCGUGCCUUGCAUUUGAGCACAUCUGGUGUGUCGCCCCGUGCCUCAGGGUGUGCAAGAUCUCUUGUGCUGCGACCCGCAGUUUCCUUCAAGCAUGCACCCACGCCACCGUGAUCCCAUUCACAGAGGCUCUCAGCUUCUUCUGGUCAAGAAUCAGUAUCAAAACGCAGAAGCUACCAGACACGUCCGUAGAACGAAAAGACGACAUUCUUCUCAUCUGAGUGCAGUCGAAAGAUGUCAGAUGGCUACAAAAGUGCACAUCUUAAUUGUAUUUAUUUAAGUGUUGUCAGAAAUAUUGGCAGACAACCACGCCAUAACAAUCUUGAAUAUUCCAUGAAUCACAACUGUGAACAUUUUACUUCGUUGUAGUAAGUCUGAUUUGAGGUUUUCGCGGCGGUGGGUUCGAAGAUGGCUGUCUUCUGGGUUGUAGCGAUGUGUAGUCUGGUAGAAGUUUACCUAGGUUUAAGAGGUCCUUGUUGCCUCCAUCAUCAGGACCCAACAACCCUGAAGACAGCUAUCUUCGUUAUAUUUACUUUUAGCCCAACAUUGUAAUCGACGUCUGAGACAAAUUUUUAAAUGUUUCCGUGUAAUAAAUUUAUUGUAUUAAAAUUCUGUGUACCUCAGAAAAACUGUACUCUAAUUUAGCUAUAAAAUCUCUCUUAAUUUACCACUUGGCAUACCUGUAAGAAAUCACACUGAGAUGAAUAAUGAUAUGAACGGGAGAAAAAUCAAGAGCUCCGUACAG